GUUGUCAGCUCUGCUGUCAGAGGUCAACUGGCCGUACCAGCUGAUGCUGGAGUUUGGUCCUUCCUUCGCGUCCAAUCUGCGCCCUUCCAUCUGACCUUAACUAAUCUCCAACCGGCCACUGAGUACCGUGUGUACGCGUGGGCACCCUCCGUGGACGGCACCGACUUUCAGGGGGCAACGACGGCUAUUUGGACGUGCCCCAAACCGUUCGCCACGUCUCCCAACUUCCGCAUCGACCCCCUUCUCAGGAGGAAGCCGUCAGACACGUCAGUGGAGGUGUUUUACCCAAACGUCUCGGGCUACACCGGUGGACUUAUAACCGACUACUACCUGGCUAUAAGCCCAGGUCAUGUUGGGCUUGUCAUAGCUCCAGUUCCCCCCUCUGGGGGUCCCGAAGGUGCGUUGCAAUUUCUUCCCUGCAUGAUAAGUCGCAGUCCGUCAUGUCAUUUACUUUUUUGA